GUGAUGCCAUUGGCCGAGAGCUGCCACUCCGCGGGCUUCUCCUGGCUCGUCAAGUCCUGCAUCCCCGAACCCCCGCCACCACAUCUCCCCCGACCCCUCACACCCCCCUCCUCCUCCUCCUCCUCCUCAUCCUCCCGAAUCCCCGCCCUCCCCGACGACCUCCUCCUCCCCUGCCUCCGCGUGCCGCCCUCCUCCCUCCCCUCGCUCCCCCUCUCUCCUCCCCCCUCCCUCUCCCGCUCCACCCCUCCUCCUCCUCCUCCUCCUCCUCCUUCUCCCCACGCCCGCGCCGUCGCCCUCGGCCGCUUCGUCUACCUCAUCGGCCGCGCCGCCUCCCUCCGCCUCGACCUCCUCACCGGCUCCCUCUCCCCGGCGCCCACCCUCUUCCCCCAGCGUUUCGCGGCAGCCGCCGUCGCCGGAAAGAUCUACGUCGCCGGCGGCUCGCCCGCGCCCGCGCGUCGAGGAGUACGACGCCGCCGCGACGCCUGGCGCGUCGUCGCCGAGGCCCACGCCGCCGCUACGGCUGCGUACGGCCGCCGCCCUGCCGGCGUGUUCUACGUCGCCGGCGCCCCCGGAGCGGCGGCGGCGGUCCCCGGGGGCGGUGCGUCGCGGGGCGUGCGCGCCGGGGAGCACGUGUACGUGUGGCGACCACCGGUGGAGCUCUCUCCUUCUGGGUGGAGGGGGUGGGCGCGGCCGCAGGGGGGAUGGACCCGCUCGAGCCGCCGCCGGCCGGGCCGCUUCCGGCUCGGUGGGGCGCUCCGGUUCAGCUGCGCCGCCGUUGGCACCGACAAGGUGGCGGCGCUCGUCCACGUCGCCGCCGUGAGAGGCGGCGCCGGCGCCGCCGACGCCACCGCCGCCGUGGCGGACGCGGCGGAUGGCGCCGUCCUCGUCUACGACAUCCCGAGCGGCGGGUGGACCCGCGGGCCCGACCUACCCCCGGGGUUCCGCCGCGCUGCGUGCGUCGGCGUCGAGUACUAACAUGCGCCGCCUCGUUCGGGAAAUGGACGACACGUGUUUCAUCGUAUUUGGCUAGCACGGAGGGCCCACCGUUCAACUAAUCAUCAAUCGAGGGGAGUCCAUUAACAUUUUCUUUUCUUUUCUUUUUUAAAAUUGGGAUGAUUACUUAUUUUAGAUUGAUCUAGGGAUUAGGGUUGAUUGAGAUUUUGAAAGUAAUCAUAGUUGUCAUUACUUAUUUAUUUAGCUCUCUUUCGAGAAUCCAAGCAGGGCACUGGGGCCGGGUGCUGCUUUUGACUAAAACAAAGAGCAUCGGAUUCCGUACGAAAUAAGAAUGCAGCAUUUCA